UGAUAUUUAAAGGAACGCGAGCCGACCGGGAGCAGCACAGUCGAUCAUUGAAGCCGGACAUUCGAGGAUCGUUGGUCGUUAAUUAGGAGGUGUGAAGUGUGUUGUUUUUGCGUUGAUCGAGCUAUCUCACGAACAAUAAUGAAGCCCGUUUGCUUCGCAUUGGUGCUGACCGUCUUCGGGUCAGCAGUGGCGUACGCUCAACAGUAUAAACCAGUGCCACAGGAUGGCACAAUUUUGCUGAAGAGACCACCAGCACCGCAAGUGCCACAGGAUGGCACAAUUUUGCUAAAAAGACCACCACCACCACCACGAGUUCCUCAGGAUGGCACAAUCUUUCUGAGCAGACCUCGUGACCGCCGUCAAGCCCUUGAACCCCAAGUGCCUCCGAUGCCUCAGGAUGGAUUCAUUCUUAAUCAAAAACCAGCGGACUGGCCCGCGGAACAGGAAGCCCAAGAGCCACAGAUUCCUCCGAUGCCCCAGGAUGGAUUCAUUCUGAAUCAGAAACCAGCGGAUUGGGUAGCUGAACAGGAUUCUCAGGAACUCCGGAUACCCCCAGUGCCCCAAGAUGGUUUCAUUCUAAAUAAAAAACCAGCGGAUUGGGUACCAGAACAGGAUGAGCCAAAGGCAGCAGAAGAAGCCCAGGGUGUGGACCCCACCGAACUUGCGCAGGUCAAUAAUCAGGAAACCAACGGUGAGCAGGUUAACCGUCAGAAACGUCAGUUUGGUUUCGGUGGAAUCGGCGUCGGUGUCGGUUUGAUUGGAGGUGGUUUCGGAGGUGGACCUGGAUUCUACGGUGGAUAUCCUCCGUACAGAGGAUAUGGAGGCUACGGUGGAGGUUAUGGCGGUCAUGGUUAUGGUGGCUAUGGUGGAUACGGUGGAUACGGGUAUGGCGGUUACGGGGGUUAUGGAUAUGGUCAUCGUCACCACCAUCAUCAUCACCAUGGAUGGUAAUCACGCGGUACCUUUAAAGUGAAUUUAAGAAUUCAAUGUGAUAAUUAUUUCCUAAUAAAUACGAAACGAAACGUAA